AUGAAGCAGAAGACGCUCGAAUGGGCUGGCCAUCCCGCCGACUGGUGUACAACCUGUAUGGGCGAGUUGCCAGAAACACACGAGGACCUGCCUUUCGGCUUUCUUACCCUUCCUUCCGAACCUGCGAUGAACGCCGCUGGCCGGACAUCAGACCACCCGUUCAAAGACGUCCGCUCAGCCCGUCGCGUACGCCAACGAUCAAAGAGAUACCCCGAGCGCAUCUACAGCGGCAACAAGCGUCGUCGCAACGACCGAUAUCGCCUCGCACGAGAGAACCAGCUUCGGCACGAGUCCAAACAGGCAGACAUUCGAGAAUGGGAGGACGACUGCUACGACAGAUGGGCGCAUGAAGUAGACAUGGAGCACAUGGACGACAUAAAAGCCUACGAACUCUUUGGCAAGAAUGCCCAUGUCUUCGAAGGCACAGCCACCGGAGACAUUAUAACAGGCGAGGACUUUGGCACCUGGGCCCGGCGUCGCAUCGCAGAGAUGCGGCGCGUCAAAGAACACCGCAUACACACCUAUGGCGGGCCCACGAGCCCCGCGCCGCUGGCCAUCCUCCCACACACCAUGCGCGAUACCAGGCGACCCGGUCGCCCUGUAUCCUCACACUUCCUAAAAUACUCAAACAACGCUGCCGUAGCCGCAACGAACCCGCUCUACCCGUGA